AUGACUAAAAUUCAAAAUAGCAUAGCUAAACUACUUGGAAAGAAACGAGAAGUUAUAGAAAGAGUCCUCAAUGAAGAUGAAGAAGAAUACAAGUCAUUACCAGAACAAGAAAGUUUACAUUCUAUUGAAGAAAUCAUGAAAGAAAUUGAAACAGAAACCAUACUUGAUCGUCAAGAAGUAAUUGAAUCAUGCAUAGAACUGUUAAUGAAGGAGCCUAAACUUUUGUUGAAGGAUUCUCAUUUAAACUACCUUUAUUUUGCAUUUACUACACAGUUCCCUCCAAAUUUAAUAGCUCUGGAUGCAUCACAACCCUGGAUGCUAUAUUGGAUUGCCAAUUCUCUGAAAGUUUUGUCACGAGAAUCAUUAUCUGAAGAUUUUCAGAGAAGGGUUGCUAGAAAAUUGUUGGAAAUAUCACCAGAAGGUGGUCCUUUCGGUGGUGGUAUUGGACAAAUUCCUCAUAUAGCAGGUACCUACGCUGCCAUCAAUGCACUAUCACUAUGUAAUAAUAUUGAAGGCUGUUGGGACAAGAUUAACAGAAAAGCAAUCUAUGAAUGGUUAUUAAAGCUAAAACAAGCUGAUGGUGGAUUUAAAACAUAUUUAGAAGUUGGUGAAAGUGACACAAGAGGUGUAUAUUGUGCAUUGAGUGUAGCCUCUAUGCUAAAUGUUUUAACACCACAGUUAUGUGAUGGUGUAUUAGAAUAUCUUAUUAAUUGUCAAACUUAUGAAGGCGGAUUUGGUGCAACACCACAGGUAGAUGAAGCACAUGGCGGGUACACAUUUUGUGCUGUAGCCAGUCUGAUGAUACUAAAACAAUUAGAUAAGAUUAAUGUUGAAGCAUUGAUACAGUGGUGUAGUUCUCGACAGUGUUUUGAAGAGCGUGGCUUAAAUGGGAGGUCGAAUAAAUUAGUUGAUGGAUGUUACAGUUUUUGGAUCGGUGGUACUGCCGCCAUGAUAGAAGCAGCCGGUUAUGGAUGUUGUAUUGAUCAAAAUGCAUUACAUGAAUACAUAUGUCAAUGUUGUCAAAAUGAACAAGGUGGUGGACUUAUCGAUAAACCUGGAAAAAGCCCUGAUUUUUAUCAUACAAAUUAUGUGUUACUAGGUUUAUCCAUAAGUGAAAGUGAAUAUUCUUUACAAGAAGACAAUAUAACAAACAAUAUAUCAACUAUCUUAAUCAGAUCUAAACAGAACAAUUCCCUAUCUUAUCCCUUAUCUAAUUUGAAUUCAAUUAAUCCUGUAUAUGGUAUUCCUAAUACAGAUUUAUUGAAUUUUGUAAAACAUUUCAAUACACCUUUAUAG